CACCAGCCAGCCAUCACAUAUAAACUUGGACCCGAUCACCCCUCAACUCCCACUACAUCGGUGGCUUUCAACAUUUUCUUUCUGCAAGCCAGUUCAUCCUGCGAGCACUACUUCUACCUGCUGUAAGAAGCAAGCAAGCAAGCAACUAGGAGCUAACCAGCCAGUCAGGUGAGGAGAGCAUGGCAAGCUACCACCGGGUCCACCCGGUGAUCGUCGACGGCGCGCCGCCCCCGGUGCCAGAGCAAAACAAGGAUAAGCUGCCACGGCCACCCAGCGCCGACUAUGGCGACCGGCUGCCGAUCACCGCCCCGGCACCUGGCGCGGCGGCCCCGCUGCGCGCGCCGCGGCGGAAGCGGCACAACAGGUGCUGCCGGUGCGUGUGCUGCACGCUGCUGGUGCUGAUCGUGCUCAUCGUCGCGCUCGGCGCCACGGCGGGGAUCCUCUACGCCGUGUUCCGGCCCAAGAUCCCCACGUUCCGCGUGGAGCGCCUCACGGCCACCCGGUUCGACGUGAACACCACCUCCAUGACGGUGUCCGACGCGUUCGAGGUGCAGGUGGUCGCCGAGAACCCGAACCGGCGCAUCGGGGUGUACUACGACGGCGGCUGGGUCGCCGCCUCGUUCAACGGCACGGAGCUGUGCCGCGGUGCGUUCCCGGCGCUCUACCAGGGCCACCGCAGCACGGUGCGGCCGCUGAUCACGCUCCAGGGGGAGACGAGGCUCGACAGCGCCGUGGCCGCGCAGCUGGCGCAGCAGCGGCAGGCCGGGUUCGUGCCGCUCACGGUCACCGCGCGCGUGCCGAUCCGGAUCAAGUUUGGCGCCCUCAAGCUGUGGAAGAUGACGGGGAAGGCCACGUGUAGCCUGGUGGUGGACAGCCUCGAGGCCGGGACGCGGCUCCGCAUCCGCUCCAACAGCUGCACCUUCAAGCUCAAGCCUAAUUAGAUCAUUCUCAAACCGUUUGAGCCGUGCACGGAUUGUGCAUAUAUACGUGUGUCUUGUAUGUAGGAUUACCGAGGUCUCGUCCCCGUUCCUGUCGAUCUAUAUUGAUCGAGAUCGAUCGGCAGAUGGUAGAGAUGGGUAGUGCUGUAAAUUUAUUAUUUAUUUUGGCUCGCAUAUUCAUUAUUUUUAGUGUAAUAAAUAAGAUCCGAGGUGUAUUCAUUUGCUAUGAAUUUCUCUGGAGACGAUAAUAAAGAGAAGAUAUUGGCUCAUGCA